AUGGGUGUCCAAGACGUUCUUAAGAGAAAGACCGGUGUCAUCGUCGGUGACGAUGUCAAGGCUCUCUUUGACUAUGCCCAGGAGAAGGGUUUCGCCAUUCCAUCGAUCAACGUUACCUCUUCAUCCACCGUUGUUGCUGCUUUGGAGGCUGCUAGAGACAACAACUCUCCAAUCAUCUUGCAAACUUCCCAAGGUGGUGCUGCUUACUUUGCCGGUAAGGGUGUCAAGAACACCAACCAAGAGGCUUCAAUUGCCGGUGCCAUUGCCGCUGCUCACUACAUCAGAUCUAUUGCCCCAGCUUAUGGUAUUCCAGUUGUUCUUCAUACUGACCACUGUGCUAAGAAGUUGUUGCCAUGGUUCGAUGGUAUGCUUGCUGCUGAUGAGGAGCACUUUGCUAAGUACGGUGAGCCUCUGUUCUCUUCCCACAUGUUGGAUUUGUCUGAGGAGACUGACGAUGAGAACAUUGCCACUUGUGUGAAGUACUUCACCAGAAUGGCCAAGUUGGGCCAAUGGCUUGAGAUGGAGAUUGGUAUCACUGGUGGUGAAGAGGAUGGUGUCAACAACGAGCACGUUGAGAAGGAUGCCCUUUACACUUCCCCAGAGACCGUGUUUGCCGUCCACAAGGCCCUUGCUGCCAUUGAUCCAAAGUUCUCCAUUGCUGCUGCCUUUGGUAACGUUCACGGUGUCUACAAGCCAGGUAACGUUCAAUUGAAGCCAUCCAUCUUGGGUGACCACCAAGCCUACGCCAAGAAGGAGUUGAGCUCCAAGAAGAACCACCCAUUGUACUUGGUGUUCCACGGUGGUUCCGGUUCCACCCAAGAGGAGUUUGACACUGCCAUCAAGAACGGUGUUGUCAAGGUGAACUUGGAUACCGACUGUCAAUACGCUUACCUCACAGGUAUCAGAGACUACGUCCUGAACAAGAAGGACUACCUCAUGUCCCAGGUUGGUAACCCAGAGGGUGAUGACAAGCCAAACAAGAAGUACUUUGACCCAAGAGUGUGGGUCAGAGAAGGUGAAAAGACCAUGUCUGCUAGAAUCACAGAGGCUUUGAACAUCUUCCACACCAAGGGUCAAUUGUAAGCUGAUCCAGAGACGAUCUCUCUAGUACAUACGAAUCUUUAUAACUAGUUAUACGACAAUCUUUGUUUCCUG